CGCAGGGACUUAGCGGCGCCCUGCGUGCUCCCGAGGAGCCGGGCUGGGCGCGGUCGGGACGCCCUCCCGCGGCCCCAUGCAUCGGGGGCGGGGUGGGAUGCGGGCGGAGGAGGCGGCUGCACCCACCGGCGAGCGCCCGGCCCAGCUCCCGAGGGCGUGGCUGGGGCCGCGGGACUCGGGUGCUCGGGCUUCGCCGGAGCCACGUGUGGGCCGCGCUUUGUGCUGUGUCAUCGCGCUGGCGGGGCGGGGGACCGGGCGGAGACUCCUCCCAGGCUCGAGUGGGGAGUCCUCCCAGGCUCCUGGGGGAGCGCUGAGGGUGUCUGUCUCCCCGAGCCUGGCCGCCGUGUCUCCUUCUCUGCAGGUGCUGGCCCGGCUGGGGGUCGCCGGCCAGUGGCGCUUUGUGGACGUGCUGGGGCUGGAGGAGGACGCGCUGAGCUCGGUGCCGGCGCCCGCCUGCGCGCUGCUGCUGCUGUUCCCACUCACCGCCCAGCAUGAGAACUUCAGGAAAAAACAGAUUGAAGAACUUAAGGGACAAGAAGUCAGUCCUAAAGUGUACUUCAUGAAGCAGACCAUUGGGAACUCCUGUGGAACCAUUGGACUUAUACAUGCGGUGGCCAAUAAUCAAGACAAACUGGAAUUUGAGGAUGGCUCAGUCCUGAAACAGUUUCUUUCUGAAACGGAGAAGUUGUCCCCUGAAGACAGAGCAAAAUGCUUUGAAAAGAAUGAGGCCAUUCAGACAGCCCAUGACGCCGUGGCCCAGGAAGGCCAGUGUCGGGUAGAUGACAAAGUGAACUUUCACUUUAUCCUGUUUAACAACGUGGAUGGCCACCUCUAUGAACUUGAUGGACGAAUGCCUUUUCCGGUGAACCACGGCACCAGCGCAGAGGACUCGCUGCUGCAGGAUGCUGCCAAGGUCUGCAGAGAAUUCACUGAGCGUGAGCAAGGGGAAGUCCGCUUCUCUGCCGUGGCCCUCUGCAAGGCAGCCUAAAGUCCCGUGGGAAGGAACGGCUCUUCUCCCCUCUGCCCUCCACUAUGGAAAUACAUCCCUGCCAGUGUAGUCUUAAAACGCUUGUGUUGUAGCCAACAGCUGUUCUCCUUUGGUUCUGUAGCUGUACUCCCUCUUGAUCACACCCAAGCGCUCGCAGAGUUCAGCUGUCGAUUGAGCAGUUUGAUGUAAGCUUCAGAUGGCGAAGCAUUUCCCCCAUUAUAUGUCUCGUCCCUCAAUAUCUAAUGCUUUAAAUGGCUACUUUGUUUUGUGUCUGUAAAGGCCUUGGAUGUGGUUUCAAUUGUUUGUCCUUAUAAGGAAUAAAACUUUUCUGCUG